AUGGUGCAGUAUUUCACGAGCCGAGGGUAUGCGUUCUGCUUCUCCAACUAUACCGGCUCAUCUGCCCACGGGAAAACGUACCGGGAAGCAUCAAGAGGGGAAUUUGGUGUAGUCGACCGUGACGAUGUGAUCGAAACGGUCCGAUAUCUCGCGAAAUCUGGGCGGGUUGAUGGUUCUCGCGUUGGUAUCGAAGGCGCGAGCUCGGGCGGUUACUGUGUGUUGCAAUACUUGACACGAUAUCCGGACGUGUUUGCCGGAGGAAUCAGCAUGUGUGGUGUCAGCGACCUCAAGACACUGGACGAGGAAACGCAUAAGCUGGAGUUACAUUACCUGCAGACGCUCCUAGGACUCGAAGACAAAACCGAGGAAGAAAAGCUUGGUCUGUUCCGGGAACGCAGUCCUUUGUAUUAUGCCCAACACAUCGCUUCUCCAUUGCUACUGAUCCAUGGAGAUGCCGACCCGGUGGUGCCCAUUGGGCAGAGCGAGGAUAUCAAGCAGGCAGUCGGAGGAAACGAUGGAGAUGUCAAGAUGGUCGUUCUCAGAGGCAAAGGACACAUGUUCAGGCACGCUGAUAAUAUGAAGUUGGCAUUAGUCGAGUGUGAGGAGUGGUGGAAGAAGACGUUGUUGCGAAUUCCAAGUUGA